AAAAAUAUUCGUGCACAACGCAAAGCAAGUCCGUGAAAUCUUGCAAACCAGCAAUCCUCUAAUCCCCUUUCAUCUCGUCCCUAGUAAGCAAGCGAAGAUUAGUGCAAAAAAAAAUCAUGAAUUCUAAGGAGCCCAUAAACCAGAAUUCGAGCACAAACCCCAGGAAAAGGCCCCUGGUGGAAAUUGAUAAGCCAACAACCCUAAUAGGCACACUGGUGGCCAUUGAUCACACCAACCUCUGUUACAGAGUCUGCUCUGUCUGUGAAAAAACUCUCUCUGACAACACAAACGCUUGCAAAUACUGCAAUUUUAACAACUCCUUCAACCCGGGUUCAUCUGGCUCCAAGCGCCUCUUUCGAGUCCUUAUGUCUAUAGCUACUGAUACGAAGGUGUUUGUGGUGAUAAUGUUUGAUAGGGCUGCUAGAGUGCUGUUUGGUUGCUCUGCUGAUGAGUUCUUUGAUUUUGCCAAGACUCACCCCUUUGCUGCUGUGACGGCCAGUAAGGCUCUGGAGGGAGAGAUGUUGAGAGUGACACUUUCAAAACCAAAGAAUGGUAAUGCUCAACAUCUGCGGGUGGUAUCAGUUGUGCCUUUACGAUCUGGUUUUCAGUCAGCUAUUGAGACCUUGAGGGAAUUGUAUUGAACAAGAAGUUGUCCCCUUGUGCCUAUUUGUUUUAGAAGGCAGAAUAUAUCUUUCCAAUAUUUCAUUUCGAAUCUCAUUUGCCUAUUUCGUUUUGUCAAAAAUCUUCAUAAAUUUUCGUAAUAUGUAAUUUCAGUUUGUUUUACUACUUA